GGGCCUGGGAGAAUUGGGCUAUUGCUUCGGCGGCAAUGUGCAAACAGCGGGGGACUGGAACUGCGCCUCAAGCCGUUAGGAGGUCGACCAGCAGACCCGAAGGCUGCGAUCCGGAGCGCGCUUACUUGGAUUAGCAGUUGCCGCUGAAACCAGCAGCCUUUACGAACUUUCCAGUAAGCACGGCGAGGAUCGGAGUAACCAGAAGCACCGUCAAGAGGCAAAAUAUUAUUGUCCGGCCCAUGUAAGAACAUUUUCUUGUGUGGAAAGCGGAGCAAAGGGCGGGCGGAAACAGGCCGGGUCUGGUGGCACUUUUGAUUGAAACUUUUGUUUGGAAGCUCUUUUGCUUCUGCUGGGCUAGAGACCUCGGGCGAUGUACGUCACUGCUUAAUCCGGGCAACUUCUCUGCUGGUUACCUGAAAACUUCAUGCAAAGCUUUUCUCUUCCUGCUCCGGGCACUAAGAAGCUGAUCCGAAGUGCGGAUACUCAGAAGCAAGCGCCGCUGCGUUCAAUGGGGCUCACUUCCUGGGGCUGCCUCUCUCCUCCAUCUUCCAUUUCAAUCCCUUGCGGUGGCACCGGUGCUCGUUUGGCUGGCAAGUCAAAACAUGCGCAGCCCCUGGCAAUGUGACACCAGAAGAUGGCUGGGCUGCGGGAGCUUGGGGACCCUCUGGGGGAGGGUGCUUUGGAGGCCGAGGCACCUGCUAGUUCCUGCUUGGCUGGCAAUAGGCUCAACUUAGACGUCUACCCAGAGGGCUGUCGCCUGUUCCUCAAGCUGUAUGAGAAGAGAAGGGAAGAAGUGGAGCAGGUGGAAUUCUUGAGACUGAGCUGUAAUGAGGAACUUAUCACUUCCACACUGAGCACCAUUCCGGUCCUGAAGGGCUUAAAAUCCCUUGUACUCAAAGGUGGACACACCAGAGAUGAAAUUGGCACUCCCCAGAGAGGGUUGGUGGCAUCAUUGCCGCAAGAGCUGGGGGAGCUAAGCCUCCUAGCUCACCUGGAUCUGGGCUUCAACAGCUUCAGUGCUCUGCCUCCCUGCAUCACCAAGCUGGGCAGCCUCAGGAGCCUCCUAGUGAGUCACAACAGCCUGCAGGGGCUGCCCGAGGACUUUGGCCAGCUCAGCAACCUCACUUUCUUCUCCGCCAUGAAGAACCAGCUCCAAGGUCUGCCACAGAGCAUAGGGGAGCUGGCAGCACUACAAACACUGGACCUCUCUGAAAAUGCACUGGAAUCGCUUCCUGAAGAAAUUGGAAACCUGCAUAGUUGCACAGAGCUGGAUCUCUCAGGGAAUCUAUUAACAGUAAUCCCUAACUCUCUUGGCAAUUUGCAAUCUCUGCGGCAGCUACAUCUUCACAGCAAUCUUCUGGUGACAGUUCCUGCAUCCUUGGCUGGCCUUCCCAACUUGUCCAGGCUUGAUCUGCAAAACAAUAGGCUGCGCAGCAUCCCUCCAGAGAUCCAGAGCCUCCCCUUUGUGCAUCUCCGUGGUAAUCCUCUAGGAGAGCCAGAGGUGCCGCUGCAACCAGACUCAAGCUCAAGGCCAGAAAAAUUACAAAGACUAUUCCUUGAAGCUGGUGAGGAUAGCUUUACUGUGACUCCUGAAGGCUGCAGAGUUUUCCUAGCUUGUGGUGUCCAGUUUUGCUUCCCCUUGGGUGCCACCACCACUUCGGUAAAUAUCCACUUCCAAAAGCACUCCCCUGACCCCCAGUGGGUGAAGUUGAAGGACCACGACAUCCUGCUGAGUGAAGUCCUGGAGCUGCAGCCUCAUGGGAUUCAUUUCCAGAAGGAGGUGCUGAUCUGGCUGCCAUAUGCCUCCACGCAGUACCUGCACGACCGUGAGAUUGUAAUUCGAACCUUCAGUGGGCAAAAUUGGAGCGACUUGAGAACCAGAGUGGAAUGGAAAGAAAAGCCAAAGAAGCAUGUGGCCUGCUGCAGCGUCCCUCACUUCUCCUGGUUCUUGGUUGUCUCUCGACUUGUGGAGAAUGAAUGCAGAGUCCCUCAAGAGGGAGCCUUGCUUUUUUCAACUGUUGAUCCCAACAUCAAAGUGACCUUUCCCCCUGGCGUGACCGAGGAGACGAGGACAGUGAAGCUCCAGGUGCUGCCCGUGUCUUCAGAGGACCUACAGGAGAUCACGAAUGAUCCUGAGACUGUUGCUAGCCCCCUCCUCUGCCUCUCCCAGAAUUCCAGCAUCGACUUCCUUCAGCCUGUAAAAAUCCAGCUCCCUCUGCCCCCAGGAGUCACAGGUCUGACCUUGGAUCGCUCCAGGGUGCAUCUGCUGCACAGUGACUGGAAUGCUCAGAACUGGAAUGACAUCACCAGUCAGGUGGUGCUGGAGUUCACCCACCUCUAUGCUUUGUUUGAAGUCACACACUUCUCCUGGUACUGGUUGUGGUGCACCACCAAGACCUAUAUCGGUGGCUUUGCCAAAUACGUCUAUAAAAGGUUGCGCAUGUACCAGGUGAACUUCAUAGCUCUGCAGAGGAAGAAGGACCCUGAACAAGUCUUGCUGCAGUGUGUCCCAAAGCACAAGGUUGAUCCUGUUUUGAAAAGGCUCCACGACAGAUACCGAGGCCCUGAGCCAUCGGACAUGGUAGAGAUGGUUGAAGGGGAGCAGUUCUUUGCAGCCUUUGAACGAGGCAUCAGCAUUGAUGCAGACCGCCCAGACUGCACUGAUGGAAGGAUUUCAUUCAACUUUUUCUCUCACUUGAAAAACAUGAAGGAAGUCUACAUCACCUCUGAAGUGGACAGGAAAAGCAAAUCUGUGAAAGGGCAGGUUUCCUUUUACCGAGGUGCUGUUCCAGAGGACAUUCCUGAAGAGGUGACCAAAAGGAGGAAAGGCCCUGAUUCCCAUUGGCUAGCCACCUUGCCAAUCAAGCUACCCAAAUUGAAAUCCCAGGGGAAGGAGCAGCCUACAACCCCAAAUGGCUUCUCUCUUCCCCCUCUGAAUUUGGGGAAUGCUGAAACUGGCUACUUGACCCAGGCCAACCUACUUGCCAUUGCUGGGCGUGUUGGAGCUGAUUGGCCAACGAUUGGCUUAAACCUGGGUUUGUCUUACCAGGAGGUAGAGCAGAUACGAUACAAUUACAGAGACGACCUCGGUGCUCAGGUUCUGCAUAUGCUCUUCUCCUGGGCUCAGCAAAAUGAAAAGCACCCCGACUGUGUCGACAAGCUGAUCAGCGCCAUGAAGGAGAGCGGCCGCCAAGACAUAGCAGAUGAGAUCACAGCCAUCAUUGAGCUGGGAAGGCAAAAGUACAGGGAGUCCAUCAGGAGAGUGGGUCUAGACCAGGAGAGCAGCACCGAAGACUCUGCCAUUGCCAUGGUGUAGCUGCCAGCAAGACCCCUCCAUUGCCUUGCUGUGGCUUGCAUUGGGCAGGCAGGAACCAGGCAAAGGACUGGCAGCGGAUCCGUGAAGGAGCUGAGGCUGAGGAGUGUUGACAACAUGCCUCUAGCCCCAAGUACUAACGCUUGGUCUCUUGUCAAGCCCCCAGAUGUUCUCACCCAGGGCUGCUAGAAUGAGAAUGACCUGCCGAACAUUAAUGACGCAGAGACAUGCUGAGCCCUAAAUGUUGCCAGAUUGGUGACUUAUUUAUUUUAUGUCCAUCACUACUACUAUAAGGUGGGGGGGGGGACCAUCUGUGAUCUGUUAUUAAAUUCAAGGUGGUUUCUGUGGGUGUCCCCAUGCCCUCAGGCAACCUCCUUGGUUCUUGGCAAGGCCUCCUGCCCUUCCUAAAUUGCAUUCCAAUUCUUCCAUGGGGCUCAGCUAUCUGGAAAACAGACGCUACCUCCCUCUUAGUACUCCCCCACCCCAAAUGCUUGUGGGCCCCACAAUGGGGUGCUUGGCCAACUUUUUUGUCUGGUCAGUAAUUUGGUGUGUGUUGCCUGCUUUUUUGGUUUUUUUGGGGGGGGGGUUGGGUGUUGCCUACUUUGUCUCCAUAUUUAUUUUGUUGUUUGGGGGUGGCAAUUGGUAUUUUGCCUCAUGUUUUGAGGGGGAGGUUUCCUGAGCAUUGGCAGUUUUUCUUCUGUGGAAUGGGUAUUUUGUGGAACCCGCAGAAGAAAUUGCACGUAGUUUUAAGAAGCUUGUUCUCUCAGCACUAGCGCUUCCGCUUGCCUGAUGGAAUCUCCUCUCUCCUUCCCUAUGUGCUGUUCUGGGGAUUCUCCUUACCCAAUUGGGAGGGGGCAUGGGGGAAGGGGAGGAAAGCCUCAUUGUGCUAACAGAAGCCCUUGUGUGGGCUUGUGGUAGCAGGACCAAUUAGUUAAAUCUGGCCUCAUGACAUUUUCUUAAGACUUCCAAAUUCACCCCUUGGCCCCAAAAGCUCGGAGGGCCUUGUUCAAAGAAGAUUCUCUUGUAUUCCCCCAACAUGCAUGGCUUUAGAUUUUAUUUUAAUAACUGAAGGAUCAUGGGAUUUGGGAGUGGGAAGCAGGACGGGUGACACAUGCCUGCUAUCUGCUAUCAGACUUUACAUCUGGUUCACUUGGAGAAGGACUCUGGGCCUACUACUUACACCCCCAGAUGGGGGAACUGUAGCUUGCUAUGCCUUGUUAUUAACUGCCAGUUUAUUCUGGUCUCGGCUGCUAUGUCUCAACCUAGCCUACCUCACAGGAUUGUUGUGAGGAUGAAAUGCAAAAGCAUUGAGCUGCUUGGAGGAAAAAGGCAGGACACAAAUGAAAUAAAAACAAAAUUCAAACCUACACGUUGUCAUUGGUCGUAUGGGAUGCAUGGCAGGAACAUCUCGCCUGACUUUCAGCAACCCUCGCCUCUCAGUACCUAUGCCCUUUGGACCUAAAGGGACAUGCUGCUGCUAUGCUCGGUGUCAGGCUGGUACAGACAGACUCUCCAGCAGAUCAUAAGUUGGGCUGUUGCUGUUGCUACUUCAGAUACUUGGGACCCAAGGCAUACAUUUAACUGGGCCCCAGUAGCAUAUAGGCAGCCAACAUAGUACAGUGGCACCUUGGUUCUCAAACGCCUUGGUUCUCAAACGCCUUGGUACUAAACAACUUGGAACCCAAACACUGCAAACCCGGAAGUAAGUGUUCCAGUUUGCCAACUUUUUUCGGAAGCCGAACGUGUUCCGUUUUGAGUGUUAUGCUUCCGAUUUGAGUGCCACACUUCCGUUUUGAGUGUUACGCUGAGGUCUGUCAAUUUUUGCUAUUUGGGGUUUUUGCUUUUGCGGCUCUUUUUGUUUUGUUUUUGUGACUGUGUGGAACCAAGUUCAGCUCUUGGUUGAUUGUGUGACUGCAGUCACAUCGUUUAUUGCUUUCAUUUUAUGGAUCAGUGGUCUCGUUAGAUAGUAAAAUUCAUGUUCAAUUGCUGUUUUAGGGAUUGUUUUUAGGAGUCUGGAAGGGAUUAAUCCAUUUUGCAUUACUUUCUAUCAGUGGCGAAUGGUGCUGCUUGGCUGCCCAGGGUGGCACCCCCUGGGGGUGGUGCGUCGCUCUGCAGCGUGCGCACGUCGUGAUGCACGACACGCACGCCAGGUCAGACUGCUCAUGUCCGCACAUGGGCAGUCUGUCUGGGUGGCUGGUGUGCUCUGAAGCAGAGCGUGCUGCGGAGCGGUUUGCUGGCACCAGCGCCUGGCAACCCACUCCGUAGCGUGCUCUUUUUCUUCCUGCUCGGGCGGAGGAGGCGAGGGGCAGGCCAGGGGCGCUGCCCCCGUGUGAGUGGAGCUAGUAUGGAGCUAGGGCGGCCCACCCCCUACGCCCCUCCCUUGCUACGCGCCUGCUUUCUAUGGGAAAGUGCACCUUGGUUUGGGAACACUUUGGUUUUGGAACGGAUUAAGUUUGAGAACCAAGGUACCACUGUACACUCAGAAGCAGUAUUAUGUGGUUCUGAAUGUGGCAAACCGGGUCAAUUCUUUACAACCCUACCAGCUGCAUCCUGCAGCUUCCAGAAUGCUUUUCCAGGUAGUCUGGUGCUGAGCACAUUGCACCAAACUAGAUCUGAGGUCACUGGAGCAUGGGGUAACUCGUCCUAACCUCUCCAGUCCAUAAAUGACCAUAGGUGGUACAUGAGAACUUAAGUCACUUAUAGUAACCAUGUAAAUUUUUUAAGUCCAUAAACUGGGCUUGUAAUGCAGCCUGAUGUACACUAGGUGGAAGCAGCACAGCUCCAGAUUUUAUACAUGCAAAGAAAAUGGAACCCUGCCUGAGGCAGGCCGGUUUCUUGGCCAAGACAACCCCAUCAAUCAGCCUGCAAUAAAGAACGUAAAGUAUUUUAGCCCCAAGAUAAGACCUGAGCAGAUUAGACUCUUUCUCUCCUUCCUUUAACUCACAGGCUGAACUGUGCUUGGCAACUUCUUCUUGAAAAGCUGUACCAAAUUAAAGGGGGAGUGGAGAGGAGAAUUAACCCUUUUGCUACUGUAACUGAUGAAGCUGUGGGAACGACAUGCAAAAAACAAGUGUUGCAGCUUAUUUUUAAAAGAGAUCAGCAAUACUUUAUAGACCACAGUAAAAUGUUUUAAAAAUUAGGUGUUUGUGGUGCUUGAAGCUGUAAUGCUGCUCUGGUAUGCGUGCAUAAGAUAAGUCGUCUUCAGUGUUUUUAUACAUAAAUUCACCAUGCACUUUGGGAAAGGUGAGUGGGGAGGUUUUACUCUCCCCUCCCCCAGAUGGGACCCAGGUGGUGCUGUGGGUUAAACCACUGAGCCUAGGGCUUGCUGAUCAGAAGGUCAGCGGUUCGAAUCCCUGUGACCGGGGGGGGGGGUGAGCUCCGGUUGCUUGGUCCCAGCUCCUGCCAACCUAGCAGUUCGAAAGCACGUCAAAAUGCAAGUAGAUAAAUAGGAACCGCUACAGCGGGAAGGUAAACGGCG